AUGUCAAUUCCUUUAACCAGGUUAGGCGGACACGCCUUCAACCACCGCACCAGCGUAGACAUCGAGGCUGAGUAUGACCGCCUUCGGGACCUAGCGCGAGAGGAGGCUGAGAAGCGCAACGACUGUUUCGCUCGCUCGCGUCAAGCCUACGAAAACGGCGAUGGCGCCCGAGCCAAAGAGCUCUCCAACGAGGGCAAGCGCCACGCCUCCAAAAUGGACGACUACAACCGCCAAGCCGCUGACUUCAUCUUCCGCGAGAACAACGCCGAGGGCCGCGUCGACGAGGACUGCAUUGACCUGCACGGCCUCUUCGUAGAGGAGGCCGAGCGGAUCCUCGAGGACCGGAUCAGGGCGGAGAGGUCGCGUGGCGCGUCGCACUUGCACGUCAUCGUGGGGAAGGGGAAUCAUUCGGCGAAUCAUGUGCAGAAGAUUCGGCCGAGGGUUGAGCAGGUUUGUAGGGAGAUGGGGUUGCACUAUAGGACGGAGGAUAACGAAGGGAGGAUAUUUGUUGAUUUGAAGGGCGGUGCGCAUGGUGGGGGUUCGGAGUAUCAUCGCCCGGAGCAUGGUGGACAGCAGCAGUAUCAUGGGAAGCCUCAUGGUGGGUACCAAGAGCAUCACGGUGGUCAGGGUCAUCCUCCCCAGAAGGAGGAGGAGUUCGAUCUCGUUGGUGCCAUCUUCAAGAAGUUGGAGAAGGUGUGCUGCGUUGUCAUGUAG